CAGCCUGCUUCUGGCCAGGCUAGUACCAGCAUCGUUGUCUCACGUGGAAUAUCGAAUACCGAGCGAAUCAGCCGUAACUAACUCCAAGUCCGAUCCGAAUGGGAGGUUUCAAUAUGAAGAUCUGCGCCCUUGCGGCCUGUCUGCUGCUGGCCGGGCAUGCUGCCGGCUAUUCGAUGGAGGAUUUGUGCGCCCAGUGGUCGGGCUCCGGCUAUGUGGGCGACCCCAGCGACUGCCAUGGCUGGGGCUACUGCCAGGGCCAGAAGCUGGUGUCGUGGAACAAAUGCAACAACGGCCUCGUCUUCAAUGCCCAGACCUCGACCUGCGGAUUUGCCAACUCAACCAUUUGCACCACCAGCGCGGAGGCGACAUGCAAGGCCGCAACGUCUCCCAUGUAUGUGGCAGUGCUCAAUGAUUGCAACAAGUAUGGCUACUGCUUCGGCAACGGCUCCAUUGGAUACGGAAACUGCACCACCGGCGGCGUCUAUGCCGCCAACAACAAUACUUGUGUUUGGGGACCGUCUUGUCCUCAGGACACCAUCUGUCGUUUUAUGAAAAAUGAUAUUUUCGUCGGUGAUCCAAAUACCUGCGGCUCCUAUCUGCAGUGCAACAGCGGAUACGGCACUCCAGGACAAUGUCCCACCAAAAGCCCGUACUUCAACCCGGCCAAUGGAUAUUGCCAACCAACCAACCCAUGCACUGGUGAUUCCAGCAAUAGUGGUAGUAGUCCUUCAGGCAGUAUCUACAGUGUUGGUCAGGAAGUUGCUGGUGCUUGCGCGGGCGGUACAGCCAUUGGCGAUGCUGCUUAUUUCUAUGUGGCAGAUAAUAAAACCUGCUAUGGAUAUUUUUACUGUACAUCAACAACAGCCGCUGGAACUUGGAACUCGUGUGUGCUUGGAACCCAGUUUUAUCCUACUAAUCAGACUUGCGUUUCACCCGCUGCAUUCGACUGCACAGUGGCCAACGGUCGUUGCGGCAAUGUUAAUUCCCCAUUCAUGGCUGUUAGUGGAACAACUUGUAAUGAAUAUCAAAUCUGCGCGAGCGGUACUAUAGCCUCCUGUCCCGCCUCGAACCCAUACUACGAUGAAGUGAAUAACAUAUGCACAUCGACAAAGCCUGCCUACGCAAUUUGCGCUUAAUCAGUUUAAAGCAAUUCAAAUGAAUUUAAUCCCAAAUAAAUGCUCUAUGCGGCAAUGAAAAGGUA